AUGAGCCAUCGCCCCAUCACGACUCUCCAAGAGAAGUACUACAGGGAUCCGACGCGUCCGGAGCCGAGACGAACGCAAUGUAAAUGUUGCAACAAGCUUUUUGUCCGUCAAGCCGGGCAAAAACCUGGAAUCAACAUCACAGCCGCCAUACAAUGGAUCGGUGAGAGAAUGGCCGAACGCGGACGUCUGGCACACAUGAAGGCGAAGUUUCUCUUCAAUCGAAUGGAGAGAGGGAAUGUUUCUGAGAACUCCAAAGAGUUGCUCCGCCUCUUGGAUCGCUGCUCAUUGGAGAAGUGA